GGUAAAAAGCGUGGUCCAAAGUCCAAUUCUCAGUCUCUUUCCAAUAUUAACACCUGUGAAACUGCUACUGAAGCUACUGAAGCAUUAUUCUCUUCAUCAACCGAUUCCUCCUCUUUUGAAAUUCCACACGUUUAUAAUCAUAUCAUUAUUUCAUCUUUCUUUUCCUUUGUUCACGAAGGACCAACACAAAAUUAA